AUGCUGGUGGCAGAAGCGAGGCUGACCAGGCUGCAGACAGUGUCCAAGUAGGAAGCUGUGCACACAGGCUGCCGCCAGAGACAAGACAAGGAUGUGACUGAUGACUCACAAAUCUCAGCUAGCAUUUCCAAAGAAAGACUUCCCCCAACUUUUCCAGGGCCCUAAAGAUCCUCAGGUGUGGAGGGAAAAGAUGCAGCUAGCAGACAGAAAAUGAAAGCCACCCAGACGCUGAAGGGUGCCCUUGCAGCCAUUUCCACCUGGGUUCCAAAUUUUUCUCCACAAUGGCUUGUAACAGCACAUCCAUUGAGACUUUUGAAUACCUGCUGCUGAACGUGAGCAACGUGUCCGCCGCCGGGGCCACCCCGCUGUCUGCCCCACUCAGGAUAUCACUGGCAAUAACUAUGCUGCUUAUGAUUGUGGUGGGAUUUCUCGGCAACACAGUGGUGUGCAUCAUCGUGUAUCAGAGGCCAGCCAUGCGCUCGGCCAUCAACCUGCUGCUGGCCACCCUGGCCUUCUCUGACAUCAUGCUGUCCUUAUGCUGCAUGCCUUUCACCGCCAUCACCCUUAUCACUGUCCACUGGCACUUCGGGGACCACUUCUGCCGCCUCUCGGCCACACUCUAUUGGUUUUUUGUCCUAGAGGGCGUGGCCAUCCUGCUCAUCAUUAGUGUGGACCGCUUUCUCAUCAUCGUCCAGCGCCAGGACAAGCUGAACCCACGCAGGGCCAAGGUGAUUAUCGCGGUUUCCUGGGUGCUGUCUUUCUGUAUCUCAGCGCCCUCGCUCACCAGCUGGACGUUCGUGGAGGUGCCUGCACGGGCGCCACAGUGCGUGCUGGGCUACACGGAGUUCCCGGCCGAGCGUGCUUACGUGGUGACGCUGGUGGUGGCAGUGUUUUUCGUGCCCUUCGGUGUCAUGCUGUGCUCCUACCUGUGCAUCCUCAACACGGUGCGGAAAAACUCUGUCCGUGUGCACAACCAGUCCGACAGUCUGGACCUGAGACACCUGACCCGGGCCGGCCUGAGGCGGCUCCAGCGGCAACAGCAGGUCAGCCUGGACCUGAGCUUCAAAACCAAGGCCUUCACCACCAUCCUCAUCCUCUUCGUGGGUUUCUCGCUUUGCUGGCUGCCGCACUCUGUCUACAGCCUCCUGUCUGUGUUCAGCCGGCGGUUCUACUGCAGUUCCUCCUUCUACACCACCAGCACAUGCGUCCUGUGGCUCAGUUACCUCAAGUCAGUCUUCAAUCCCAUCGUCUACUGCUGGAGGAUCAAGAAAUUCCGUGAGGCCUGCAUAGAGUUGCUGCCCCAAACCUUCCAAAUCCUUCCCAAAGUGCCUGAGCGGAUCCAGAGGAGAAUCCAGCCAAGCACCGUCUAUGUGUGCAACGAAAACCAAUCAACUGUCUAGGAAGCAGGGAAGAGGCCACCAACUGACCACCCGGAAGGGGUCCCUGCAGACUGUUUCCCCGACGUUAGCUGUUGUUUGCAUUUUGUGGUGACUACAAAAGCACAAAGGUACUCAUCUGUUACCAAGACAGCUGUGGCACUCAAACAUCUCAUUUCCACAGGAUGAAUUCUUUCUGUUUCUCAUCCCAAAAGAACCAUGUGUAGUUAUAGUGGGCACCCGGGCAUAGAGAGGUUGGUUGGAAAGUGAGAAAGGAUGAGGGGAAGAGGAGAGUGAAGCUGGCUGAGGUUGGGGUAGGUCGAGGGUCUGUCAGAAGAGCCCAUCUCUUCCAUCCCACUCCUACCCCACAUACUCAGAAGAAGCCCCCAGUGCCAGACUCUGGUGUCCAAGUUCACUUUGAAGCCAGCAUUCCUCAGAGCUGUAUCUGUGGGGCCUAGGAAUAUCACAAAGGUCUUUGCAUUGGUCAGAUGCGAGUUUCUGACCAUGCCAAAUUAUCCUUUCUAGAAAGAAGUAGAAAUCACCCUGGGAUGCCCUUGAGGUCCCCAAUGUGGCAGGUGGAGGGCCUCAAUGACCCUCAGAGGGUAUUCUGGGACAGCUCAACUAAUAUGAGAAGUCCACUUGGGCACUCAUGCCUGUGCCCACUCCUCACACAUUUAUCUGACUGUCCUGAUGGUUCCUGUCCCUCUGUCCCUGUCCCCUCUGAGUUCUUCGUUUUCAUACUUUCCAGUGUGCUAAGAAAAUACCUGCUGUGACUCGCCUUUGAGCAGGUAUUUGUAGGGACUCGUUCUCAGAACCAGAAGCAGCUAGUGGCUGGGCUUUGUUUACACACUUUCUCUGGACACCCCAGAGCUUUGAGAGGCACCAAAUCCACAUCAGCACUAGAAUUGCUACAGGGACAGAACAGAUUCCCCACCCCAGCUGGGCAUCCCCACUUAUCUCUGUCCCUCCUUCACUCAUGUCCACUGCUACUAUGGGAUCUUCUUGCCCAGGACCAGAUACUGGAAGUGAAGCUACCUAGAGGGGCCUUUUGCUUGCACCCCUAAACUUGGCCACCAUGUCCAUGGCUGCCCAUUAUGACCAGGAGCUUCUGAUGCAGGGAGGUGAUUUCUGCAAGUACAGGGCACAGCACUGGGUCCACUGAGCUCUCUUUACAAAGUCAGAUCUGACAAGAGGGAGAAAUUUAGAAGAUCUGAUUCCAGGUCUAACUCUUUCAGGGACUAGUAAACUCUUUUGUUCAUUAAUUGGCCUCCAUUUCCUCAUUUUCCAAUGGAGGAAGUCAAUCUAUGUGACUGCAAUCUCCUUGAUUCUAUACUGAGUGUUUUCUUCCUGGAAUCACCAGAUCCCCUGCAUUCAUUUUUUCAUUCAUGCAAUGAGCAUUUAUUAAAUGCCCAUUGGAUGUAAGGCACCAUGCAGGCAAUAGUGAUGAAUGAGGCUGAACUGUGCCCCAAAACCAGUUGUCUGAUUUAUCUCAGGAUAGUGGGAACUUAGUCCAAGAACACAGAAGCUCCGCUUUGCCUCAUUUCUUACUUCUUUCCAAGUGGCAGUCAAGGCCAGCUCCACACUCUCCCACUCUCUUCCUGUGGUUGUGGUGAUGGAAGCAGAGAAGGAAGGGGGUUAAAGAGCAGAACAUAAUUUAUAUUAACCUCAGCCCAGGGGAUAGUCUGUCAGAAAAAAUGAUUGGCACUUGUUUCCACCAACCAAGAGGAAGAGAGAGAGGAUGGGAUGGGUGGGGCGUGUGGUUUAUUACGACUGGUCCCACCAAUUCUCUGGCCCUCCACAUGCCCUAGCAAGGCUAGGGUCAGCCUGAGCUCCCAUGAGCCAGGGUUGCAGGGCCCGGUGGUGCCCAAGAGCACCACCAGACCACUGCAGGGAACAAGCCUAAAGCACCUCCUCUCCAGUGACAUUUCAAAGAAUUUUCUUCAGGAGCCUAGAGCAAAGAGAAAUCACAAAA